AUGACAAAAGUACACCCAAACAGUACCAGUAGCGACACCUUAUCGUCGCCGCCAAAAGCUAUUAAUAGCAGCAACGGCGAUGCCAAAUCGGUGGUGCUCACCGUCUGGAAGAAAUCGCUGCUCUUUAACUGCGACGGUUUCACGGUGUUCGACUCUAAUGGAAACCUCGUCUUUCGCGUCGACAAUUACAUCGCCGGCAACAAAGGAGAGAUUGUUCUCAUGGACGCAUCCGGCAAUUCUCUUUUCACCAUCCGCCGCAAGAGAUUGAGCUUGGGAGACAGCUGGUUCGUGUUCGAAGGAGAGAAGGAGAUAAACCCUAGGUAUACGGUGAGGAAACAGGUGAAUUUGCUUCCUAGCAAAUCCCUAGCCGUCGUGACUUCAGGAAUCUGCCGGGAAACAAUCUCAUCGGAAAAGAGAAACAAAGUACUUUACGAGAUCGAAGGAUCGUACGCGCAACGGUGCUGUGCGGUGUACGACGAUAAGCGGCGGCUAAUGGCUGAGAUAAAACGGAAGGAGGCCUCCGUGAGAGGCGUUGCUUUCGGAACGGACGUUUUUCGUCUCAUUGUACAUUCUGAAUUUGAUUUAGCACUUGCCAUGGCUUUAGUCAUCCUCCUUGACCAGAUGUUUGGAUCCUCCACCUCGCCAAGUCGUUAA